UCCAAAGAAGGGAGGGAGCCGAAACCCUAAGCCUAUCAUAGCCAGACGCCCCCAUGAGCUCUGGUCACCGGAUUCUAUCCAAAGGCCCUCCCUACCUACGCACGCCCUCCCCCUCUCUCUCUCUCUCUGAAUCUCGGUGGAAGACUCAUUCACGAACGUGAGGUGGCAAAAAUUGAUUCAAAAGCCUUAUGAGAGCGGUGAUGAGAGAGGAUUGAGAUUGGUUAAGGCCAUCCUAAGGCCAUUGUUGCUGAGGAGAACAAAGGAAUCUACAGAUAAAGGAAUGAAGAUCACUCAGAUCCUGUUAUCCGCACAGUCACCAUAUGGUAAUGUGCGAACAGCUGCUGAAGAAAGCCUCAGGCAGUUCCAGGAACAGAAUCUACCCAUUUUCCUCCUCUUGCUCUCAGUUGAACUUUUGAAUGAUGAGAAGGCCCCUGAAUGCCGCCGCCUUGCUAGAAUCAUUUUAAAGAAUUUGUUGGAUGCCAAAGAUUCUGCUCGUAAGGAAUUGCUCAUCCAGCAUUGGGUUGCGAUUGAUGGCACUCUCAGAUCCCAGAUCAAGGACUUGCUUCUGAGGACAUUGAGAUCGUCCGUGCAUGAAGCAAGGCACACUUCGUCACAGGUGAUUGCUAAGAUUGUCUCCAUUGAAAUACCCCAUAAGAGUGGCCUGAACUCAUUGGAUGCUUACUCUCCAACAUGA